UAAAUGAAAAUUUAACUUCUAAAACCGUUAUAUAAACCCUAAGCCAUUUCUCUAAAACAAAAAUCAUGUCACAAACAUCUAGCUAUUCAAUUCUCUAAGUAUGGCGGGCUACCACCUAGAAGCUAUCGAAGCUGCACCAUUAAAGGACGAUCUAGAUAUUGUGAUCCCAACAAUCAGGAGCCUUGACUUUCUAGAACAAUGGAGGCCAUUUCUUAAGCAUUACCACUUGAUUAUUGUCCAAGAUGGAGACCCUUCAAUCAAGAUCCGAGUUCCCGAGGGUUAUGACUAUGAGCUUUACAACCGAAACGAUAUCAACAGGAUACUUGGUCCUAGAGCUAAUUGUAUCUCCUACAAGGAUGGUGGAUGUCGUUGCUUCGGCUUCAUGGUUUCCAAAAAGAAGUAUAUCUACACCAUUGAUGAUGAUUGCUUUGUGGCAAAGGAUCCAAGUGGCAAAGAGAUCAAUGUGAUAGCUCAACACAUGAGGAACCUUGAGACACCUUCAACACCACACUACUUCAACACUCUCUAUGACCCUUUUAGAGAAGGAACGGACUUUGUGAGAGGAUAUCCUUUCAGUUUAAGGGAAGGUGUUACAACCGCCAUCUCUCAUGGCCUUUGGCUUAACAUCCCUGAUUACGAUGCCCCGACCCAACUCGUGAAGCCACGUGAACGUAACAUCAGCCCUUGCAGAUAUGUUGAUGCAGUGAUGACAAUCCCAAAAGGAGUACUGUACCCAAUGUGUGGAAUGAAUCUUGCUUUCAACAGAGAGCUUAUUGGACCGGCUAUGUACUUUGGGCUUAUGGGUGAAGGCCAGCCCAUUUCCCGAUACGAUGACAUGUGGGCUGGUUGGGCAGCUAAAGUGGUGUGUGACCACUUAGGUUUUGGGGUCAAGACCGGUCUGCCAUAUGUGUGGCACAGCAAAGCUAGUAACCCAUUCGUAAACCUAAAGAAAGAGCACAAGGGACUACAUUGGCAAGAAGAUAUGGUUCCUUUCUUCCAAAACCUUCGUCUCUCCAAAGAAUCUGACACUGCCACUAAAUGCUACAUGGAGUUGUCCAAGAUGACAAAGGAGAAGCUUACUAAAGUGGAUCCGUACUUUGAGAAAUUGGCUGAUGCAAUGAUGGCUUGGAUUGAGGCUUGGGAGGAGCUUAACCCGCCGGUUGUUGAUAGUAAGAAUUAAGAAGGGACAUGGCAAAGAUAUCAAGUGAUGAAGAUCAAUCUGCGUGAAUAAGUAUGUUGUGAAUUUAUUGUAUGAUCUUCGAUUUAUAUAGUUUCUAUUUUGGAAGUGUGCUCCGAACAGUAAUGUAAUACUUCGUGUGACUGUUGCCUAUAUAUACUUUGCUCGACAUGUAUUUAAGCGUGAUUGGAAGAAGAAUAAUGUUAUU